GGCAAGGCUUUUCCUGGUCAUCACCCACUUUGGACUUAAUAAAACCACCGAGUCGGUUGCUCAAUUAAUUUAAACGCUCACUCUCCGGAUUAUAGCCUGCACACAAGUUGCUGACCAUGAGGACAAACGUGUGGAUUUACAGAGCUUUGGUGUACAUUGUGGUCUUUAUGGUGGAUCCAGGUCAGUGUGGGAGGACUCAGCAGACGCUACAGAAGUAUGAGAAGAGUGAAAGUCAUAUGCUGGUUUGCACAGACUGCCCUCGGCCCCCUUUGGUGCGAAGCAGCCGAUCGCAGGAACACUGUGCCCGCAAGUGUAAGAAGGGCAAUAAGAAGAAAUUCUUCAACUGUAGGGCUUUCAACUUUCAGAGGCACAACAGGAAAUGCCACUUGCUUCCCUUCGACCGCCUCACCCCUGGAGUGAAGAAGCAAGCCAAUGUCAACUUUACUCUGUAUGAAAAUAAAGACUACAUAAGGGAAUGUAUCGUCGGCACCAAGGACAACUACAGAGGGAGGAGGUCUUGGACAAAGUCAAACAUCACUUGUCAAGCUUGGUCUGAUACAAACAUCAAUGACCACACGUUUUAUCCUGAUAAAUACCCCAAGCAUGACCUGAGGGAGAACUUCUGUCGGAACCCCAACAACGAUCCCGGCGGUCCGUGGUGCUACACCACAGACCCCAAUGUACGUGCUGAGGAGUGUGGUCUACCGCAGUGCUCAGAACAGGUGUGUAUGACGUGCAAUGGGGAGGACUACCGGGGCAAAAUGGACCACACAGAGAGCGGCAAGGAAUGUCAGAGAUGGGACUCCGUAAGGCCACACAGACACCACUUCCAGCCCAAAAAGUUUCGUGACAAAGAUUUAAAGGACAACUACUGUCGUAACCCAAAUAAUCGCGUCCGUCCCUGGUGCUACACCAUGGAUCCGAAGAUUCGAUGGGAGUACUGUAACAUCAGUGUGUGUGACUCAAGUGAGAACACAGAUCUCAAUGUCACAACAUCCUGUGUCCAGGGAAAGGGCACAGAUUACCGAGGCACAAUGAACAUCACUCCAGAGGGUGUGACGUGUCAACGUUGGGACUCCCAGUUUCCCCAUAACCACUCUUAUAUUCCUCAGAACUACAAAUGCAAAGACCUCAGGGAGAACUACUGUCGCAACCCUAAUGGUGCAGAUUACCCAUGGUGCUUCACCACAGACCCUAAUCAGAGGAUAGCCAACUGCACCCACAUCCCCAGGUGUGAUGCUGAGGACACACAAGGAAAUGAAUGUUAUGAAGACAACGGGGAGACCUAUCGGGGCACUUUGUCCAUAACAAGAUCAGGAAUUCCCUGUGGAAACUGGUCACACCACAUCAUCAGUGGGGAUUCUCACUCUGCAGUAUCCCAUGUAGGGCUGGAGAAGAACUACUGCCGGAACCCAGACCGGGACAAGCAUGGCCCUUGGUGUUACACCAAUCCAAACAACCGCUUGGCUUGGGACUACUGCAGGCUGAAACGCUGUGAAUCUCCAACAGUGACUCCUCAGCCCAGCACUCUAACUAUGCCCAAGAUAUCAUGCUUUGUGCACAUAAACACCAGAAUUGUCGGAGGUCACCAAGUGCAGGGUACAGAUGGAAGCUGGGUUGUGAGCAUCCAAAGAGAGAACAUUCACUUGUGUGGUGGCUCACUGAUCAGAGAAAACUGGGUUUUGACGGACCAGCAGUGCUUCACCUCCUGUGUUCCUGGUCUCAGAGAUUACAGCGUGCAGGUUGGCCUCCACCACCUCAACGAGUCCUCAGUCCGCCCUAGAUUGCGGAUUUCUCGCCUGAUCUGUGGUCCAGAGGGAUCCAAUUUGGUUCUGCUGAAACUGGCAGAGCCUGCUCCUGUGUCAGAGGGUGCCUCCACCAUCCAUCUACCAGUAAAAGAGUGUAGCAUCACAGAGGGCACCAACUGCACCAUGUAUGGAUGGGGGGAAACCAAAAAUACAGGAUAUGAUGAGUCACUGAAGGCUGUCACCAUGCCUAUGGUCAAUAAUGACAUGUGUUCACAACUAAAAGGUGAUGCUGGUGACAGCAGAAUAUGUGCCGGCGGCAUCAGAGGAGAAGGCGUAUGUGAUAAAGACAAUGGUGGCCCGUUGGUUUGCCAGGAACAUGAGCGCAAAGUCAUCAUUGGUGUGAGCAUCCAAAGGACGAAAUGUGCCUCGUCGCAGCCCGCGCUCUUUGUCAAUGUUGCUUUCUAUUCAGAGUGGAUAUACAAAGUCUUCAAACUGUACCCCAGUUAGGAGUGGAACUAAUACGAUGGUGUGAAAAACCAGCUCAGACAGGACUGUACUGUAGCACAGCCUGCAAGAGGAGGGAUGGCUUUGGGCCAGAAAAUUCCAAGAUCUCUCCAACAUGGAUGUAUAACAAAACCACUGGGAGAUAUGAGCAUGAGAAAACCCACCUUAUGGAAAGUGGCCAUUUGGGGAUUUUGUGGCCGUAUAUAUCAUCUGACGGAGGAUAGAGAUCAGGAAUCGGAGUGAUGCAGAGAGCGAAGACAUACCACGAUUGGAAUUCCACCCGUUCUUUCAUUAUGCAAAAGAAGAAAUCUGGGUUCAUAGCUUUAAUACCACUUUUAAGAUCAAAGUCUUGGGCACAUUGACAGUGUACUAACUAUAUUUCGACAUGUUCAGAAACUCUGAAGCCAUGCAAAAAAAAAAAAAAAAAAAAAAAAAAAAAAAAA